ACGCGCGCGCGGACGAAGUUUUGCUUUUCAACGCGGUUGUAGUUAUAACAGAAUGCCACGGGCACGUUUCAGCACGACGUUGUGUAAAUGCGAACGGGCCAGUGAUCGUCUGUGUAUUUGGGAAAGAUGUUUAUUAUCAGUAAACUGAACUCUUUGCCGUACCCCCCUUUUCUGCUCACCCUCCGUGAGGUAGACUUAGACUUUCAUAUCAGUUGCCGUGUAGCCGUGCCCGGUCUCGUAUAUUUCACUCGCGCUGUACAUUCUGCCGCUUAUAAUACCGAUCAACGAUAUUUGGCUCGCAUAAUCGGUCCUUCGAUGUACAAAUACCAAUCUCAUUUCUCGCAGACAGAUCGUACGGUAACGAUGAUCAAUGAUCGUGCAACAUUCGCACAUUCGUAAUCGGUACGAUUCGUUUACGGAUUUUUCUCACGAUACCUCGUGAAGUGCUCGAAGAGAUAAUAAACAGCUUACGCCAAUCCACACAUGCAGUUAUCAAUUAACAAUAACGUAAAAAAAGGAAAAUAAUAUACUCCGGUAAAUGAUAGUUAUGAAUGAUAGCUAAUUAUUAUUCAUGUCCAUAUCAUAUAAUUUACGCGUAAUAUAAUAAUUGUCGAAAGUCAAGUGUUUAAAUGUCAGUCUUGAAGUCUUCGUGAAAAUUUCACAAAAUGUGAGAAGGAAUUGCGAACGUACGCCGAAGUGAGCCACGAGUACUAAUAGUAGAAAAAGAAAUGGAAAGAAUUGAGUGAGCGAAGAGAAAGAAACUAAAGAAGAAAAAAAGAGAACGAAGAAUCCUACAGCGCUCCAAGUAUCCGUCAAGGUCAUUCUUGUAAGCCUCCCACGCUUCGCGUGUUGCUUUUAUCAUGGGGGUACUGAUUCGUCCUUCGGGGGUAGAAAAUCAUUAGAAAUCUUCGCGAUAAAAUCUUAUACGUAGUAUAAUAUUGGAAGGUUUUACAGAGUGGAGAGCCGAGAGAGUGCGAUAGGCGCAAAGAAAGCGACGCACUCCGAUGAAGAGAAGAACGGAGUAACGAGGUAAGACGGCACGACGAAGAAGAAGUGUGGUCCAAUCGGCGAUAGACGAGAAACAUCGAAGAAAGAAAGAUAGUCAAAGAAGAAACUGGCGGAUGUCACGUGCACCUGUCUUCGUUUACCUGGUGAACGCCCCGCCCCGGCCAAUAGAGGUACAGCGGGCCUCGUGACGUCAGUCACGCGUACCAGGAGGCCCUAGGUGGAGGGGCGAGAUCAUCCACCACCACCUUUGGAGACCACGAAAGCCUCACGGGGACCAGCAGCUAGCAGCAGCCAGCGGCGGUGGUCUCGCCGGUCGUUUGCCGCGGGGUGGGGGCAGGAAGAGGGGUACUCCUGGACCUGGUCAGGCCAAAGAAACAACGCAGGAGUACCCACCGAAACCCAUCCUGCAUUUCCCACCACCGGCUCGUCCGGAAAACGUGCGCUAGCUUCCGGACGUCGUUCGUCCGAGUUCAGUCAAGUGAGUCGACUCGCACGUACCUCCUCUCCGACGAAAACGAUUGCAGAGGUUUCCACUCUGGAAAGGCGGGAGUGUUGGCGCGUGCCGACGAGAAUUUAAAGGGCCCAGUACCGGUAGAGAGAACGUCGAUUAGUCGAAGAAAUCCGGCUUUCAAUAAUUCUCCGUGAGAGUUCGACAGCACUUAGGAUGCAGAAAGAUCCCUUCUCGUAAAUUCUUCGAUUUCGUAUCACGAGUUGAUGAUAUCUCGGUGUGGUGACCGUAUGUCACCUCCUUACGAUAUUCAAAAGAGAAAAAAAAAGGAUCUUUUUUCGAUCCUCCAAGAGAUAGUAGCCUCGCGCGUCAAUUCGCCGAUCGGUCGAUCGCUCGAGUUCCGCUCAGAUUCUCCCGGUGAACCAUCAUUAGUUUUGGUCGGUCGCGCGCGGAGUUUAUCAACGCAAUACGGGGAUCACAUCGGUGGUAAGAGUGCGUGCACGGGGGGUGUGUGAUGCCCUGGUUAUGGUUAAGCGUGAGUGAGGUCAGUGGCAAGAGGCGGAGAAGAAGAAUCGGUAGCAGAACGUCAAGCGGAUUGUCACCCUCGUCAUCGUUGCUGCUGCCGUCGUCGUCAUCGUCGUUCUCCCAGCCGUUCUGGAGACGACGAGAGCAGUGACCGCGCAAGGUCGACCUCGAGGCAGAGGCACGCGAUUAUGGUGCACCAUUAUCAUCGUCGCCGCGGCCUCCAGGCGACCCACCACUAUGCCAUUGGGAGUCGCGUAGGCACUUCGCUCUUCCAGAUUCUUCUGUUGCUCCUCAGCCUCUGGCUGCCCGUGCUCGAUAACAGUGGCUUUGCUUUGGCGUGCGGACCCGGCAGAGGCGCCGGCCGACGGCCGAAUCUGAGGAAGCUCACCCCUCUGGUCUUCAAACAGCAUGUGCCAAAUGUCAGCGAGAACACCUUACCGGCGAGCGGACUUAGCGAGGGACGGAUUACUAGAUAUGAUCCCAGGUUCCGAGACCUGGUGCCCAAUUAUAACACGGACAUCAUCUUUAAGGACGAAGAAGGCUCCGGCGCUGAUCGUCUCAUGACACAGAGGUGCAAGGAGAAACUUAACACUUUGGCGAUCUCGGUGAUGAACCAGUGGCCCGGAGUGAAACUGCGAGUUGUCGAGGGUUGGGACGAGGAAGGUAUGCAUGCGACAGAUUCCUUGCACUACGAGGGACGUGCCGUCGACGUGACGACGAGCGAUCGCGAUCGCUCCAAAUACGGGAUGCUGGCGAGACUCGCUGUUGAGGCUGGUUUCGACUGGGUCUACUAUGAGUCCAGGUCGCACAUACAUUGCUCCGUCAAGUCUGAAUCGUCUUCAGCGGGCAAAUCUGGUGGUUGCUUUCCCGGGAGGAGUCUGGUCCGAACGGAGGACGGUAGUACGAAAAGGUUGGACGAUGUGCGUCUCGGCGACCGCAUCGCCGCUGUGGAUUCCCGUGGCGACGUGGUGUACAGCGAGGUGAUCGCUUUCUUGGAUCGUUCUCCGUCCGAGAGGAGACAGUUCAUCCGAUUGACGACCAAGUCUGGCCGAGUGCUCACGUUAACGCCAGCGCAUUUGGUACCGGUGGAGGGUGGUUUGGUAUUCGCCGCCAACGUGCAACCCGGUGACAGAAUCCUCGUGAGUGACGCCGAUGCAGCGAGCGCGGCGAACGAGGUGGAUAGUCGCUUGCGAUGGGACAGUGUCAACGAGACAAAAUUGAUCAUCGAGGAAGGAGUUUACGCUCCGCUUACGAUGGAGGGUACUCUCCUUGUAGACGACGUCGUCGCGUCCUGCUAUGCCGUCGUCAACAGUCAGUCGCUAGCACAUUACUCCUUUCUGCCGCUAAGGAUUUGGCACAGCGUGACAUCCUUUUUCCUACAAAGGUUGGACGACGCAAAACACUUUGCGACAAGACAUAACGAUGUGUCCAGAAUAGAUUCGACGAUGAGAGGAGAGCAAGAGGGCAUCCAUUGGUACGCAUCGAUGCUUUAUUCGCUGUCCUUCUACGUGUUGCCAUCGAAAAUGGUUUAUAACUGAGUUUCGAUAGAACAAAAGAAUUUGUGCAAAAUGUUGACUGAAUCCUCAAGGACAAAUUUAAGUGUUUAGCGCGAAUGUUACGUUCUAAAGAUUUUAGAGCUAUGAAACUUAGGUGUUGAUUAAUUAUCGGGACGUCGCCUUGUCUCUCGAAACUUUUUUUUAUGGAUCCUCGUUGUGGAUUCCGGUUACACGAGUGUCGUUGAAGAUAGUUAAUGUAUGACCGUGGGGAUGGAGUCACCGUUGAGAGAAAUGCAUGUAUUUAACACGUAGAACAAAAGACGUCGUCGUAGGCGAAAGACAUAAAGUUGGCCAGUGACCUACCAGUGUUCACCGAAUGACGUGUAGCAUAUAUUAGAUCCUUAGGACAAUAGAAAAAUAGAUGAAAAACAGAGCUUUAGGGAGAAUCGGACUUUUCUCUUCCACAUUUUAAAUGUAUGUAUACAGUAUACUGAUAUACAAAUAUUUCUCUUUUCUACAUUUUUUAGUAUUCGCGAUUCGUGUGCAUCUCGUCCGAUAUACUUGUUUCUGAGAUAUCAAAGGAAAUUACCUUUGUGUCACGGAAAAAGUGUGUAAGAUAAUUGCCGACUGUUCGAUUGUAAUGUUAUUCCGAAUAAUCUUCAGGAUGUACAUGCGAGCAACAAGAAAACGUCUAUAUUUAAAUAUUUUAAAAGAUCC